AUGGCUUCAACUUUAAGUUUCAAGCGCAGUAGCGUGGCCAUUGGCCGCAGCAGAAUCCCCGGCAACUCCGUUCCUCAAGCAUUGUGUCCUGACCACAUCUCCAACCUUGCACAGAUGGCUGCCGUCAAGGCCCGAGAGGCUGCAGAAGCAUAUUUCAUGCUUGGAAACUUCGAAUAUGCAAUCAAGCAGGCCAAGGCAGCAAAAGAAUUUGAUCCAGAUUUGCAUGGUAUGGACAGUUACAUGACCGCAUACCAAAUUCAUUCUGCCGUGUCACACAAGCAAAACCUGUACCAUGUUCUUGGCAUCGAAAACCCUACAGUUGCCGACUCAGAAAUCAUCAAGAAACAAUACAAGAGACUGGCACUAGCCUUGCACCCUGACAAGAAUACAUCAAUAGCCGCGGAGGGUGCUUUCAAGCAUAUUAAGGCAGCAUGGGACGUUCUCUCUGACCCUGCUAAGAAAGAUGCUUACGACAAGUGUUUGAAAAGAAGGUUUCAAGCGGCUCAUGGUUCCAACAAACGCAGAGCUAGUGAGUGCAAACCUCCACCGCAGCAUAGGUCCAGUGCCUUCCCUCGCAAAAGGUCUAGCCCUGGUGGUGAUGGGAGCUGCUACAAGAAAACCAUUAAGAUUAUUAGAAAAUCAAAUCCAGGCCAAAAGGCAACAGUGAUCAUGGUGUCGGUAUGCCGAGUGGCUUAA